AAGACUGAACCAUUAUCUUAGUACAGGAAUGUCGGUUCCCCAAUGCUAGGAAGCCAUCAAUUUUCUUCCCAAGAAACAUACUCAUCAAGCUACGUCUUCCUCCUCCCUCUCCCUCCCUCUCUAUCUUUCUCUUAGAUUCAUAAUGCAACAUAAAUCAUGGAUUGUCAUCAUCGGAACAAUCUGUGCAACUCUAGCGCAAGUAUGCUUAACACUGGACUCUCCUUCAGGAGAUGACAAAAUCGUCAGCUUGCCAGGGCAGCCACACGUCAGUUUCCAGCAAUAUGCAGGAUACGUAACCAUUGAUGAAAAGCAACAGAGAGCUCUGUUUUACUACUUCGUUGAAGCAGAAACAGAACCAGCUUCAAAGCCUCUAGUUCUUUGGUUGAAUGGGGGUCCUGGCUGUUCAUCGGUUGGAACUGGAGCAUUUUCAGAGCAUGGGCCUUUAAGACCAAGCGGAGACAUUCUGGUCAGAAAUUAUUAUAGCUGGAAUAAAGUUUUCUCUGUUACAGAAGCAAAUGUGUUAUACCUGGAAUCACCAGCAGGAGUUGGUUUCUCAUACUCUGCUAACAAAUCUUUCUAUAAUUCGGUGAACGAUGAACUCACAGCGCAAGACAACCUUGUGUUCCUUCAGCGCUGGUUCACAAAAUUCCCAGAGUACAAAAGCAGAGAUUUUUUCAUCACAGGGGAGAGCUAUGCAGGACACUAUGUUCCACAACUUGCACAUCUCAUUCUUCAAUCUAACCUGAAGUUCAAUCUCAAGGGCAUAGCUAUAGGUAAUCCUCUACUGGAGUUCAACACUGAUUUCAACUCCGGGGCUGAGUUCUUAUGGUCUCAUGGAGUAAUAUCUGACUCAGCUUAUGAAGGUCUCACUUCAAUCUGUACUUUCUCCCAACUCAGAAGACAGAUUGCAAAUAGUGGCUCUCUCACCCCUGUUUGCUCCAAAGUAAUAAGCCAAGUUUCAAGAGAAUUUGGUAGCUUUAUCAACUUAUACGAUGUCACUCUUGAUGUGUGUUUACCAUCACAAGUGGUGAAUCUACUGCAAGACACACAAAAAAUAGAUGUUUGUGUGGAAGAUGAAACAAUGAAGUACUUGAACCGUAAAGAUGUGCAGCAGGAUCUUCAUGCUCGGCUUGUUGGACUCACCCGAUGGACAGCUUGCAGCGACAUCGUCAAAUAUGAAAUGCAAAAUCUAGAAGUCCCCACCAUCCAUGUUCUUGGUGCACUUGUCAAGUCUGGCAUCCGGGUGUUGGUAUACAGCGGAGACCAAGAUGCGGUUAUCCCACUAACUGGGACACGGAAACUAGUAAAUGGAUUGGCCAAGGAGUUGGGACUAGAUACAGUUGUGCCCUACAGAGCCUGGUUUGAAGGAAGGCAGGUUGCUGGAUGGACUCAAGUAUAUGGUGAUAUGUUAUCUUUCGCCACCAUUAGAGGAGCAUCUCAUAAAGCUCCAUUUUCACAGCCAAAGAGAUCACUCCUGCUAUUGACUUCAUUUUUGGCAGGAGAGCCACUGCCAGAAGCACUCUCAUAGAUAGAGCAAGUUCAUUAAUAAAUGUUAAAAAGUAAUGCUAUUAUUA